AUGGGGCAUGCCUUUUCUCUUCCAGGCAAGUUACGCGAGUACAACCGCCGUACCAACAAUGGCAGAGUUUUUGAUCGAGACUUAUCAUUGAGGACUGAUUUGGGAGUGAGGCACGAUAACAACAACGACACGCUGGUGCUUACGAAUGACGAGGUCCGAGACCGUGAAGAAUGGAGAGCCAUGAAAGAACAAGGUUUUUCAGAGGAUCAUCGCUCCUGCUCGUCAAUCUUGGACCGUGCGAUUGCCGAGGCCACGGCUGACCUCUGGUAUCCCCCAAGCCUAUCCUCCUGGGAUUAUUUUCCAGGUUUUGUCUCGAAUUUCACGAGUAACAUUGUCAUGGAGGGAGGGAACGGACAAAAGACGAGAGCGUGGGAAGAUUUGUCUAUGUCGUUUUCCGCAAGAACCCUCAUUGCCGACGAGAUUAGCGAGCAACUCUAUUUACAUGCUCAUGUCAUGACCGGGCUGCAACGGGCUGGAUUAAUUGGAGAAUUGGUAAAUGGAAACAAGGGGCUUGUCUGUAAUCCGGAUUUUUGGAUCGAGGAUCAUCGGGGAAAGAAACGCAUUGCUAUUGUGGGGGAAGCGAAAUCUACACACAACCUCCCCCUUCCGAUGGGUGCGCAUGACAUUGUAAACCAGUACAAUGAUGCGGUUGCAUCGUCAAGACUAGAUCCGACGCGGGCGCAAAUACUGGCGUGGUCUCACGUGGGACGCCCUGUUUCGCAGCUGAUUGGGUACAUGAUUCUCAACAGAUGCCGCUACGGAAUGCUCACGAGUGCCACAAGGACUUACUUCCUUUAUAUAGACAACGUUGACGACGCGGAUAUCGUGCGCAUAAGUGAUGCCUGGUUCAUUGGGCAGCCAGGAUAUUUGCGUGGGGAUCGUAUUGACAUGGUGGAUUUCGAAGAGAUCGACAUUAGAGAUCCGAUCGGAUACGGAAAACGCGGAACAUCGUUUUCGGCCCAAUGGAAGGAUGAGCUGCUCGCUGUGAAGGUAUUUGAUGCAACGAAACCGGGUGGACAAGGUGCUUUUGAGAAGGAAAUUAAAGCUCACCUUCACCUUGAAGACGCCUGGGGACAACUUAUACCGGAGCCGCGGUUGGUAUCAUUUGCGUUUGGGAUGUGGUUUCUGGGCAUGCAAAUGGCACGGCCACCACCCGAAGGUGCACGCUUGGAUGAUUGGGGGAAGGUGCCGUUGGAUGUAGUGGAAGGAAGCGAAGGAGAAGAAGAGGAGGAAGAACUCCCAGUAGAAAUCCAGGAGCGUGUUUACUCAGAAGGUGAAAAAGGAGAACUUGAGCUCCUCGAAGAUCUGAAGAAGCACGGCCUCGAGGACUACGACUGCCACGUUGACCUGGACGACGAGGGAAGAACGCACUUGAGGAUACCCACUGACGUGCAUCAAAUGGCCGUCAAGGCUAUGGAGUAUCGGUUCACUGAUGGCCAAUCCGAGCCACUCUGCACAGACCGUGAUCCCAAUGUCAGAGUUACCAAAGGACCGAAAAAGAAGAAUCCUGAUUUGGCGGUCUGGGGAAAAGAACGGCUCAACAAAUUCAAAGUACCCAAAACCGUGGGGAUCGGCGGAAAUGAGUUGUUCAAACCAAGGAUGAAUCCACAUGUGAUUAUCGAGUUCUCAUGGACAAACAAACUGAAAGAAAAGGAGAUUCCAAAGUUCAACCGUCAAAUGAAGGAUAAUGUCGCAGACCUUGGUCAAAUCAACCUUGGCUUCCUUUUCAAGGCAAAGGCUGCCAAUGGAAAGGAAUUAGCCAAAGAAGAGGAGGCCGCCAGUGUUCCACUUUGUGGAUAUGACGUUUACAAAGCUGAGAGUGGUGAGCAACUGACACCAGGUCAACCACCAUUCCUCCAGUAUCGCAUUGGCGUGCACGAAGAUGCAUCUAUUACCAUUCCGGGGGUGCCUGGGUGA